UAGCCGGCCCGUGCCUCGCUGCCUUGACCCGUGACCGUGAGAGAUAGCUAGCUAGCUCCAUCAGGAAAGCACCGCCCGCGCGAGGAGAGGAAGAGGAAGAGCGACAAGCAUCAAUGGCUGGUGGCGAUCAACCUGCGCUGAGGCAGGUGCUCAUGGUGGCCAAGGCUUGCUUCAUCUUCGGCUUGUUGGCGGCCGUGAUCGGGCUCGUUGCCGCCACCAGCAACCCGGGAGACUUCCAGUUCCACGCCCAGUCGCAGAUCGGGCACGCGGCCGCGGCCACGGAGGCGGAGGCGCUACGCCUGCGCACGAAGGCGCUCACCCUGGUGCUCCUCAGAGUGGCUCAGGCGAUGACCGCCGCGGCGGCUGUCGUGGCCCUGGCGGGGGGCUCCCUCACAUUUCUGGGCCGUUGCAUCGUCGCCAGCGGGCUCAUCGUCGCCGCCACCAAUACCUACCUUCUCUGCAGAGUCGUCUACAUGCUGGCAGUCGUCGCCGGCGGGCCAAGCGCCGGCGGGCAGGUCCUCGACGUCUGGACCCAUAUCUCCAUCGCCGCCUCCUUCUUCUCCUUCUUCUGCGCCAGCCUCACUGCCAUCCUCUGCGCCUAACCUCGCCGGUCGUCACCUUUAGCGUAAAUAAGCUAAGAUAAGCUAGGAGCCACCUCUGGCCUAGCUUAAGUUUGCCAGCUCGCAGCAUCUAUCUUGUUCAUGGCUCGCAGCAUCUGGCCUACUUGCCUAGUGAUUAUAAUUGGCAUAAUUACUAGUACUAGUAUUAUUAGUGAGCAAGACCCAUUCUCAAAAUAAUAAUAACAUAAGAAAAAGAAAAACGAAAGGUGAGCAAGACACAUAUAUCCUGUAGUAGUACUCCAUCCGUUUUCUAAAUAUAAGUCUUUUUAAAGAUUUCAAUAAGAAUUAUAUGUACCGUCGAUCUUUGGCGGUGCCCAACUU